GGUCUCUCUUGUUUCAAAAUUCGUAAUGCCAUGAAAUGGGGAAAUUCGUCCUUUUGCAUUACAAAUUUCUUUCCUAUCGUCUGCUUUCGUCGUUCCUCUUUGUCUGAAAUGGAUAGAUUACCUUUGGAAGUAGUCUUGCAGAUACUUGUAAAGAUUUCACUAUCCUCUUUUACUCAGCUAUAUACCGUCUUUCCGGCAAAACUGGUGGAUGAAGCGCUCAGAAUCAAGUUACGGCAGCACCCCGAACCUUUGUUGCACCUCGUCUCCACCAACCUUCAUGAGCUGUUAGCCGUCAAACACACAUGGACAGGGAAAAAGAACGAGUCCAUCAUGCCUCUCCAUUAUAAGACGCUCGAUACCAAAUAUCGUCUCAUCUGGUUACUUCCUGACUUUGAGUCGGCACAGCAUUGUUUCAAAGUCAAGGAUACCUAUGUAUCCCAUGGCAAACUCGUGCUUCGAGGAACUCAUGACCGGUCGCUUGUAUCUCUGGGAGAUAUUCGAAAAUGUUUUCCUCCAGUAAGAGGUGGCACUUUCUCUGGAGCCAGUGAUUAUCCUUUGAAACGGUCUCAAAUUCAAGAAAUGACCAUCCAACAGCAUGGUUGUCUUCUCGACGCAUCCUUGGUCCACAUAGUGCCAAGGAUUCCUGAACCAUCUUGCGUUCCGCUCGUCAACACUGACGACAAACUAUUCCCGCCACGGCCUUUAUUACCUUCUUUCUACAAAAGACAAAGACCCCUCAUCUCUCACACGGAUCGAUCUCUGUGGCAGCCGACUUAUCCCGAUCCGACAUGCGGCUAUUUCCUGGUGGAAAGGCUCGGUAUCAGUAUAGAGGGAUUUCUGGAACUUUUCUCCUAGUUGUGUAUAGCACCCUGUUUUCUGUGAUAUUU